GGGUUAAAACGGCGUUCUGCGUCGCUGUAGGCAGUUAGGACACUCCAAUACAAUGAAAAAUAGAAUCAAGCUGAUUUAGUCGCUGUCACUCGCUCGCUAUCGGCCGAUACAGAUGUUGAACCGAUGUAUCCCUCGUAUCUGGUUAAAGCUUCUUAAAUAGGAGGACUUGCAGCAUUUUGUGUCGUGUUAAAGUAUAAACGAAUCCGUUGUUCAUGAAAUAGUGACCUCAGUGCGUCUGAAGGUGCGUGAUCUUUAAAGGUGUUAUCACGUCCUCCAGGUGAGCUGGUGCUGUGCAGAGCACCUGCUCAGACACUGCGGUGUGAAGACAUCGAUCCAUCCUCCGGACGGGGCGCCACACAGGGGACGCCGGCUGCAGGUGAGACGGCCAAACCGACGACCGCGGUCAUCAAAGUGGAGGACGACGAUGAGACCUGGGGCUGCUCUGCUCAGGACAAUCUUAUUCCUGUUGUUGACGAACAGACGACAGACGCAGAAGCUCCGCCCCUGCUGACUAAACAGGAAGUAACGGAGGAAGGUGGCGGUUCUACUCGAGCUUGGGCGAGCGAGGAAGUCAGCUCCACUUCAGUGUGCGUCCAGAAUACGACAAACACCAGCCAGAGUUUAGAAACCGGCAGCUUCGACUGUCUGAUGUUCGAGCCACAGCUUCAGCACGGCUCAAUGAGUACCCAGAAUCCUUUGCCAGAGGAUCCCAGCUGCUCGUACGCGUCGAACACCAGAGGGAGAGUUUCAGCUGCGUCCGAUUCGGGCAGCGUUUCUUUCACCGUCGGGGAGCUGAGCCCGCCGGUGGCAGAGUGCAGACAGCCUGCAGGCUUACAGAACAACCAGCAGAUGGCGCUGCAGCUUCCUGCGAGAAAAGAGACGAGAGAGAGGCAAAGUGCUUUCCUCAGACGGGACCGGUGGAGACAUCUGGACGCCGCGAGCAGGGUGUCCAGUAACAGCGGGGAGGACAGCGCGGGGAAAACGUUUGUGUGCAACUACUGCGGGAAAACUCUGGCCUGCCUGAAGAACCUGAAGACCCACAUGAGGGUCCACACGGGCGAGAAGCCGUACGUCUGCAUGCUCUGCGGAAAACGCUUCUCCGACCCCAGCAACCUGAAACGCCACCAGAGGGUGCACACGGGAGAGAAACGCUACAACUGCGUCCACUGCGGCAAACGCUUCGCCCAGUCGGGAUCCCUGAAGGUCCACAUGAGCGUGCACACGGACUGCAAGCAGUUCAGGUGCUCGCACUGCGGCAAGAUCUUCAUCUCCAGCAGCCACCUGCGCCGCCACGUCACCACGCACGCUGAAGAGAAUAGAUUAACGCUUUAG